AUGGUCAACUCCUGUUGUGGAUCCGUCUGCUCUGACCAGGGCUGUGGCCAAGGCUGCUGCCAGGAGACCUGCUGCCGCCCCAGCUGCUGCCAGACCACCUGCUGCCGCCCCUCCUGCUGUGGCUCCUGCUGUGGUUCCAGCUGCUGCCGCCCCUGCUGUGGCUCCUGCUGUGGCUCCAGCUGCUGCCGCCCCUGCUGUAGCUCCAGCUGCUGCCGCCCCUGCUGUGGCUCCAGCUGCUGCCGCCCCUGCUGUGGCUCCAGCUGUGGCUCCAGCUGCUGCAGGCCUACUUGCUGCAUCUCUAGCUGUUGCCGCCCCACCUGCUGCCAGACCACCUGCUGCAGGACCACCUGCUGCCGCCCCAGCUGCUGCCGCCCCUCCUGCUGUGGCUCCAGUUGCUGCCGCCCCAGCUGCUGUGGCUCCAGUUGCUGCCGCCCCAGCUGCUGUGUGUCCAGCUGCUGCCGCCCUAGCUGCUGCCCGACCCUCUGUUGCAAGACCACCUGCUGCCGCCCCACCUGCUGCCAGACCACCUGCUGCCGCCCAGUCUGCUGACUGCCCUGACCU